UCGCUCGGGAGUGUUGCCCGGACUCUCACGCGUCGCGGAGGGCGGGCCGGGGCGCAGGGAGAGAGGAACGUCAGUGCGGUUGUGCUUGCGGGCGGCUUGUGUAUGUGCGUGUAAUAGGGGCGGCGUCUACGGGCGUCUCGCACAAAUCCUCCCAAAAUGUUUGACGUCUUCGGCAAACUCGGGGCGCUGCUCAAGAUCGACCCCGUGAGCAUCGACAACAUCACCUUCCGCUUCCACUACAAGGUGACGAUGAUCAUCCUGGUCACCUUCAGUCUGCUGGUGACGAGCAGGCAGUACUUCGGCGACCCGAUCUCGUGCAUCGGCGACGACUUCGAGACCGAGGCCAUCGACGUCUACUGCUGGAUCCAGUCGACGUUCACCAUCCCGGCGCUCACGGGGGCCAUCAUCGGCGUCGAGGUGGCCCAUCCAGGCGUCGCCAGCUUGGGCCAGGCCGAGGACCAGUACGUCGUGAGGCACCACAAGUACUACCAGUGGGUGACGCUCUUUCUCUUCUUCCAGGCCCUGAUGUUCUAUAUGCCGCGGUACUUUUGGAAGUGCUGGGAAGGGGGGCGUGUUAAGGCCUUAGUGGAGAACUUGAACACGCCCGUCGUCACGCCCGAGGAGAAGAAGGAGAGGCUGCACGUCGUCUUGGGUUACUUCAGUCGCUAUUUUCACUACCACGAUCUCUACGCGUAUCAGUUCUUCCUGUGCGAGAUCAUGAAUUUCGUGAACGUUGUCGGCCAGAUCUACUUCACGGAUAGGUUUCUAGACUACGGCUUCUCCACCUACGGCACCAGAGUCCUCGAGUACACGGAACAGGAAAUCGGCAGUCGCCACGACCCAAUGGACGAGGUUUUCCCGAAGGUGGCCAAGUGUACCUUCCACAGGUUCGGUCCGUCGGGAACUAUUAUGAGGCACGACGUCCUGUGUGUCUUGCCGCUGAACAUCCUCAACGAGAAGAUCUUCGUGUUUCUGUGGUUUUGGUUCAUCAUUGUGGCCGUGAUCUCCGGCUGCGGCCUCGUCUACCGCAUGGCCACGUUCUCCUCCAGUUUCCGGCACCUUCUGCUCCGAGGCCGCUCUCGCCUGGCACUCGCCGACCAGCUGGAGUCCAUCUCGAAGAAGUGCCAAAUCGGUGACUGGUUUCUGCUUUAUCUCUUAGCCAAAAACAUGGAUCCUUACAUCUACAAAGACUUCAUCCGGCACCUAGAUUCAACACUACCAGAAAAGGACCUCAAAGCAUAAAAAAAAAAAAGCAUGUAUUUUAUCGCUUGAAAAAAAGUACGUGCAUUUCAUCGAGUGAAUAGAAGUAUAUGUAUUUUAUCGAGUGAAAGAAGUACAUGCAUUUCAUCACACAGAAAAGUUACGUGCAUUUUAUCUUAUAGAAAUGUACAUGUAUUUUAUCGUACAAGAAUAUUUGUAUUCCAUCGUAGAAAAAAAAAAAAUACAUGUAUAUUAUCGAACUCUCGUGACUUAUCAAGGCAAUGAAAAGUAACACUAGAAUAUUGUGUUUAUUGUUUAAUCAUGGAGGUCUGGUAACACUGCUGAUGAGUUUAGUUCGUUAUUUACGUUUUAAUUACGAAUUGGUUUGUUAUUUAAUGAAUUAUUUUUCAGGGGUGUUUAUUUGAAGACCAGUGACUAUCUGUCUGUCAGUCUGUCUGUCUUUAUCUAGCCAUCUAUCUAUCAGUCUAUCUCCAAGUCUAACGUCCAAAUAUAUGACUAUAUAUAUGAAUAUAUAUAUAUAUAUGUAUAUUAGUUUCUGGUCAUUCAUUUCGUAUAUUUAUAUAUAAUGACAGAACAUUAUUUCCACAAACUUUAACCAAAUAAUUAAAAAAAAUUCUUACUCGUAGACAAAAUUAAUGUUAUCUUUCAACUCAGAUGAUAUAUUGAGCUCUCAUUAACGCAAGCUUGAUGCAUCCAGAUUCAUACCUUUCCCAAAAUAACAUCAGCCUGUCUUGCCUUGAGGAGCGACCACACCACGAGAAAUCUUGGUAAAAGUUGCUCGCCAAAAUACCCCUUCGGUGUGGUAUGGAAAAACACGCUCCUGGUAUUCUGUAACAUUUUACGAUCUAUUAACUGGUGUUAUCUAUCACAGUCUUUUCCUUUAGAUGGGGAGAUAUUUAAAAUAAAUUUUGUUAUUAACACUGAUUGAUAAAGGAUUCUCAAAGAUGAUAUAAAAGAGGAAAAAAAGAACAGUGUAAUUGAUCAUGGUAUUGAAUACUGCCAAAGAUUAAUAUAAAGAAUGAAUGUAGAGGAGUAUAUUGAUCGAAUGUGCCUUGUUUUCAGAUUAAAAGUCAAAUGCAUCAAUGCGGUAAUAAAA